AUGUCCGCAUGUGUCGGCAUUUGCCCGCAGCCGUUCAUUACUAAUGCCUACGCAUCCAAGGCAAUAUAUUUCUUCGCGUUCGCAUCUUCCGCUCAAGGUAUCGUACUGUUCACUCUUGACUCGCGACACAUUUGCGCACUCAGUAUUACAAAAUUGACUAUCUCUCGCCUCAUUACUGCGAAUUCUUCGAUGCGGUUGGGAGACACGCGGCAGAAGCCCGCAUAUUCCAGGAAGGCUUGUCUUCGGUGCCGUCGGUCAAAAAGGAAAUGUGACAGAGUGCUUCCAAAGUGUCUCCUUUGCACCCGCCGAAAGGAUGAAUGCCAGUACGAGACUAUCACCCUUACGUCUUCGUCUGCCGGCCCAUCAGUAGGCAUCAAGCCAAUCUCCCCCCUGAACGAUGGUCUAUCUUGUGAUCAUAUCAGAGCCGCAGUGGUGGAACGGCUGUCGGGACUCAAGCCCAGCGAUGUUGAGACGGCCUAUUCCCGCAACAUCCGACCGUGGUUCCCCAUCAUUGCAGAAUCAAAACUGGUUACCCAAUUGCCUAACAGCUGGGAUGACAAGGCUCUCGACUUUACCUUGCUGUCUCUAAGCAUUGUGCUCUUCUCUACUGCUCCAAAUCCCAAAGGUUGUGGUGACGCCAACAAGUUUGGAAUCAUGGAUCUUUACCUCUCAGUUAAGAGCUGGAUUGCGUUGGUCGAGGGCCUCGGGAUGAAUUCCAUGGAACUUGUACAAGCCAGGCUAGUCAUCGUAGCCUUCGAAGUCUUUCAUGGCUUCUACCCAGCAGCUUAUAUAUCAAUAGGUGCAGUUGUCAGAGCGGCAGAGACAUUGAAGACAGGCAGGGACCUGGAAGCCCCCUCAUACAAGCCACGCACAGAGCAAGAACGAGUAGAGGAAUUGACUACGUGGGCAGCAAUCAAGAUUCUAGACAGGUACAUUGCUGCUGAGUGCGGCGAAACUCCUCCGGUCACAAGGCGCAUUUACAACAAGGACCCUGAUCUACCAUACUCCGAACUACCAUUCGCCGUCUGCCCAGUUCUUUUGUCUGCCCCCCUCUCUCCUCAACGGCAGUUCCUCAGGCUCUACGAGGCGACAAACCUGCUGGAUAAAGUUCACUUGGCUUUCUAUGAACCGACCCCCCGAAUGUCCUUCAAUCUCGAAGAGGGGGCUCUUCUGGUGAGAACCCUGUCAUCACUGAAAACCGUCAUACUGGAAGAAGCACAGGAUGGUUCCAGGAUAUAUUCCAGUGGCCUCCAUGUCUGCAAUAUUGGUCUUCUUCUCAUCCAUGGCACAUGCGAUAAAGCAAAGGCUUUAAAUUAUAACAUCAAGGAGGAAUGGAUGACAGCAGCUCUCCCAAUGACGACCGUGAUUGAAGAUAUAUACGACAUGGUACAUUCAUUCGUUGUUGAUGAGGACGACCUGGACAGGAUCCCGCCGUUCGUCAAUUUCUUGCUGUACAAGGCCGCAAGUAUUGUGACGGUUCGACUGAGGGACCAGCUCAAUUUCGAAAAGAAUACUCAGAUGCUGAAGUCCCUCCGGGUGUUCUUAGAUCGGUUGAACACGAGAUGGUUGACUGCAGCCCUCCUUGACGAAGAUACAACUCCCCGAAUUUUCAAGGCAUUGGAGAGGGUAUGA